UGGGAUAAAGUUUCCCCCUAAAAAAUUGGGGAAAAACUUCCUGCGAGAGAAGGACUAUCUCAAGCGUAGGUUUGAAAGUAUCCUACUCCCAAAACGGUGAGAAAAUAAUAUUCUUAGAGUAAGACAUUCUUUAAAACUUCUUUCUGUAGGUGUCGGCAUAUUCUGAUAUAUUUUGUAACCACAGUUUCAAAAGUGGAGACCGUUUUUUCUUUGCUAUCCUUGCAUUUCUUUUAACGAGAAAUGGAAGAGGGCUCAAGUUCUCCCGUCUCCCCAAUGGAUAGCCUACUGACCAGUGAGGAUGAGUUGGACAGGCAACAGAAAAGAUUUGGAAGGAAGAGGAGACACAGUAAAAAGUCGAGCGAGGACAGCUGUCCGGGUAACGUGAAACCGGGCAAAAAACCGAGUCCGAGCAGCAGCACUCAGUCCUACGAGGAGUUGCAGAACCAGCGGUGCCUGGCCAACGUCAGGGAGAGGCAAAGGACACAGUCGCUCAACGAAGCCUUCUCGUCUUUACGCAAAAUCAUCCCCACGCUACCCUCGGAUAAACUGAGCAAGAUCCAGACACUAAAACUGGCCUCCAGAUACAUAGACUUCCUCUAUCAGGUGCUACAAAGCGACGAGAUGGACAACAAGAUGUCGAGCUGCAGCUAUGUUGCGCACGAGAGACUCAGUUACGCUUUCUCCGUGUGGCGGAUGGAGGGCGCGUGGUCAAUGUCUGCAUCUCAUUAGCAUCCAAAGCCCUUCACUCAAUGCCAAAGCGACUGUUUACUUCUACAAAGUAUGAAGACACCAAAGGAUCUAUUUGAAGAACCCACGAACCUCAGAAACAUGGCCAAGAGGUAUAAUGUGGCGCACAACUCUCCUGGAGUGCUUUGAGUGCAAUUACCUAACACUUGGAACAGUGUGAGAAGGAGUGAAGAUAACCCUGAAAAGUUACAUACUCAGACAGUGUUGUAAGACUCUUCUCGUGUCUACUGCUGGCGCAUUAUCACGUUGUUUUAAUGUCGGAAUGGUGAUGAUAGUAGGAAAAAACAUAUUUUAUCUUUUUGGGGAAAUUAUAUUUCGUUCUGUUUGUAAAAUCUCAAAAUAGAAGUAUAUAUAAAUGUUUCGAAUUGUACAUAGGCCUACCUGUAUGUAUAUUCAGCUUGUAAAGGGACCAAUGCAAUUUAGAAUACGUUCUUGAAGUACGCUGCAUGGAUUUUUCCAGAUUUGACUUAUAAGCAAGUCUUUCAACUCUGUCCAAUGUACAUUUUUUUUAAACUUAUUUAUUAAAACACGUAUUUUUGAACAAUGUAGUUGAGCCUUUUGAUGUAUGUUUCCAUAGAAUACCAUAGCAUACCCAUUUCAGACAGAAUAUGUGGUAUAUUAUGCAACCUGUAAAAAAUAUAUAUAAGGCAAUGUUUAUAUGACUCCCUUUCAAACAGCCCCUUAUUUACCACUUUUUUGUAUGGUAUAUCCCUUUUAUACAUAGCAGUGGGUAACUGGCAAAUUGGUAGGGGAGAAGGGUGGGUGGGUGUUGUUUAUCCAUGCAGGCUUUUUGCAUUUCAAAUCAGGGAGGUAUUAAACAAUGGAAGUGUUAAUGAAUUUCCCUGCAAAAAAAGUAUAGAAUCGUUCACACAGACCUGAUACCUGGUAUUUUGGUUACAGGGUCAGUGAAAAUGCAGGAAUCAAUUAGGUGUUUUUGUAUCCCUACCCAUUUCAGAUAUACAAAAAAAAACUGGUAUAAAAACGCAGGCAUGGGUAAAAUAGUGGGAUUUCGGUCUGCAUGAAAAGGUUUUAAUAAUAUAGGCUAUAUCCCCUCUAUUUCGAUGUAAAUAAUUCCAGUAUGUCACACAGUAAAGGAAUAAUCUAAGAUUAAAUAAACUGAUGAAAAACCAUAGGCCUACCUUUUUUUCCCAUUGGUCUUUUUCCAUUUUGUUUGAGCUUUAAUUUAGAAAAUAAUUGCAUAAUGAAUAUGUUAUUCGCUGACAGUGUGUAUGUACGUGUCUCUUCCACGUUUUCUCCAGAUAAUCUCAUAGACUAGGCAAAAACAAACACCCCUUUCACUGCUUAUUGUAAGAUUUUAUUUAGGUUUUCUUUCCCCGCUCUUGUUGUGGAAAGAAAUCACCAGCUAAAAGCCGUCAUAAAACCGCAGGGCUUCAUUAACAGUGGGGGAAAUUCGAGCCAGUUUCAAACCAAAGGCAUGUAAAAGGGUUAUCCGCCUUAAUAACAACGUAAUAAUUUAAAUAGUGAUGCCUUGAGGGGAAUUCUUUAAUGAGCAAGGGACCCCGAACAACCGCAGAUAUAACGACAAUAACUAUCGCCCAGCUUUUAACUACCGGGGCUAGUUAACUUUUCCUUUCAAUCUAACCCCCACACCAUCAAAGCAUGACAUUUUCGCAUUACAUUUUUCCAGACUUGGUGAAGAUAUAAAUCCCCCCAAAAAGUGAAAGGACCUUAUUGUCAAAUAUGAACACAAUGCGCACACAUUGGGGUCAGUCACUGUUGAGGGUUUUAGCAUUCACUCCAUUUUGAGAAACUGUUGUUAUAAUGUGGCUGCUGUUAAUGUGUUGACUAUUUUUGACUUGCUUGCCAUUUGUGAGUAUGUAGGCCUAUGGUCCUUUUGAGAAAGGUGACUUCUAAAAACGUUCAAUUUCCCUGCAAGCGUCUUUAGCAGAUAUCAUGAAAAAUACUUGGAAAAUAGAAAACUCACCUAUUGUGGUUAAUGAUGUUUAGGCAUGUGUAAGACGAAUUCCUAUUUUGAAGGCUAGAAGCCUGACUGCAAGCUACUGGCAGAAACAUGCUCCAAAAACCUGGAUAAACUUUAUUAAGAUGAGUGUUCAAAUCCUUGUGGAGGAAAUCUGGCUGCGUGUUUGAAGUGGAAGCACCUGCGAUGGACUGUAAUAUAUAUCAUCCAGUGGUGAUGCUCUUGGAGGCUGCAGUAGGCUAGCCUAUAGUCUACUCAAAUAGGAAGCUGUGGCGUGAAGUCACAUAGGCCUAGGCUAUUCCCCAUACUCGCACCUGCACAAUAUCCAAUAGCCCUAGGCCCACAUUCAUUGCACGCACCUGUUCUGAUUAAUUAAAGCACCAGUAAGAAAGAAGCUUUUUACAAUUUUUAACAUGUAUUUUAUCAAAAUGUAUAUUUAUCAAAAUGUAAAUUAACAAUAGCACAGAUGUUUAGCCUUCUUCUAAAUAAUGUUUUCUAUCUUACCAAAAAGGGGUGCAACUUUCACUGGGGACAGGGGGGACAUGACCCCACAUUCUGAAAUGGCAUUUUUGCUUUUUCAUUACUCUGUGAUACAAAACUAGCUACAUGUCAUGCAGCAUAUGGAAAUGUUUUGUAGCCUUUGUUUUGUCUCAUUUCAACAGAAGUACAUUUGAUGAUGUACCAUUGCACCAUUAGCUAGCUCACUAACUUUAGCUAUUAUUUUUGCCUCAAUCACACUAGAGCUAAAUCAAACGAUGAAACCAGCAGCCAAACAAUUGAAAAUCGAUAUUCGGAUGUUUUUUUUUCAGCGCAAUGUGAGUUUUCAUUAGUCAGUAAAGCAAUGCAACGUUAUUGAUCUGUCAGUUUCCCUAGCCAACUUCCCUCCCUACUUUUCACACUGACAUGGUAUAAACAGCUCAACAGGCUUCACUGUCAUGGGGCACAGUCAGUACACAACAAUAUGCUCAUUAUGUCUUAGCAGGAUCAGAUGGUGACAGGUGUCCCUCCAUGGUCAGACAGCCAGGGAAGACCAGUCUCCAGAGCUCAGGUGAACUUUUAAGAAUAUCAUAACAAUCAGUGAAUGGACACAAAGUUCCAUCUUGAGUUGAUGGGUAGGCUACAGUCUGGGAUCUGGGAAUAAUGGUAAUUCAAAUUGUUGAACCAUUGAUUCUAUUCAUGGUUAAUAUAAUGUAUAAAUGUACACCAAUGUAAUUCAUUGUCAUGCCUCAUCAGUGGCAGGCAGCCAGGGAAGACCGGUCUGUGAUGGAGCUUAGGUGAAUUUUUGCAGAAACAACACUAUUUUCUCUGUGCAGCAAACAGUGGACAAGCAAGAAGCUUCAAAGAUUGAAACUAUUUUAAGGCAGUCUGACAAAACUCGAAAGUACAUUUCCAAACUGUCUUUUCCCGAUGACACAAAACAUGUAAAGCUAAAAUUUGAGGAAGACAUGGGAGACACUAUUGAUGAUGAUGAAUGGAUACAGAUGUGUUUGAAUGCCCAGUCAUGUUCAUAUAAUCUCAGACAUAAAUUACUGCAGUUUUAAGACCAUCCAUAGAUAGUACUAUAUGCCAGUGAAACUGAAUAUCAUCCACACAGAAAUGUAAUGUAUCUGCUGGAGGAGUAAAACACAAGGUGACAUAUUUGCAUAUGGUAUGGUCUUUUGAAGGCUGGCUGAAUUCUACCAAAGAGUAUGUUGUUUUAUCUCAGCAUGUCUACAGAUUCUCCCUUCUCCCUGUUUGCUUGGAAAUGUUGAUACUGGAGACUGUUAUCAGAAGAAAGUGUGUAACCUAGCAUUUACAGUGGCAAAGAAAUGCAUUGCCAUUAAUUGGAAGGUUGGUUAUCCUCCCACAAUGGGUGGAAGAAAUGUCUAUGUUAUGUAUCACUAGAUUUGAUUUAUUACAAGAAUAAGGGUAUACUGUGCAACUUUCAUAAGGUCUGAAUGCUUUAUAUGGAAUGCAGUACGACAAAAUGAGUCUGUAUUGAAAACAUGCCCAUGUCAGGGGAGAUAACUAUUUAGGCAAUCCCUGGCUGCUGGGCUGCUCAGUCCUGGCCCUGGGUUUCUGAAAUACGCUGGUUAUCACUCUGGCCUUGGCCUAACACCUGAAACCAAUAAUGAAUGUUUCACUAAGAUCCUAAAGAUGAGUGGGGUGUGUUGGGUUGGGCUGCUGCAGGGCCAUGGACCACUAGGGGCAGGACGGGAUGACCCAGCUAUGUUGUGUGCAAGUAAAAAGAGCUCUACAGUACUAUUAGGCCUAUGAUACGAAUUAUAUGGAGGAUGUACUGUUUCUGUGUGUUAAUGUGUAGGUGUAUGUGUGUUUUUGUAAAACUUUUGUUUUCCAAACCAUUCCUUGAGAAAUAAAAAAAGAUGGGAAGGAA